ACGGCGCUGACUCAGCAACGCGAGGGGGGAGUUUUGUCCCUCCGCGGACCCCGUUUAUCGCGGCCUCAGCCUCCCAGCCGCUGGCGAGCCGGUUUCUUCUUUCCGGCGCUCCCGGAACGAAGUCUGGUCUGGCCACCGAGGCGGCGCUCCGCAGUGCGAUCCCCGUGCUUGCUUGAGGACCCCGAAAGCUACCGUUACCCCCCCCCCCGGGCAGCGAAGGCGCCAUGAACAACGCAGCAGGACUGAAUUCGGAGAAGGUAACUGCUCUGAUUCAGAAACUGAAUUCCGACUCUCAGUUCGUACUUGCCCGGAAUGUCGGGACCACUCACGACCUGCUGGACAUCUGUUUGAAGAGGACCACGGUGCAAGGUGUUCAGCAUGUGUUCCAGCACGUUGUGCCGCAGGAAGGCAAGCCAGUGACCAACCAGAAAAGCUCAGGGCGAUGUUGGAUCUUUUCUUGUCUGAAUGUUAUGAGACUACCAUUCAUGAAAAAAUUAAAUAUUGAAGAAUUUGAAUUUAGUCAAUCCUACCUAUUUUUCUGGGACAAGGUUGAACGCUGUUAUUUCUGCUUGAAUGCUUUUGUGGAUACAGCCCAGAAAAAGGAGCCUGAGGAUGGGAGGCUGGUGCAGUUUUUGCUUACAAAUCCUGCAAAUGAUGGUGGACAAUGGGAUAUGCUUGUCAAUAUUGUUGAAAAAUAUGGCGUUGUCCCUAAGAAAUGUUUCCCAGAAUCUUACACAACAGAGGCAACUAGAAGAAUGAAUGAUAUUCUGAAUCACAAGAUGAGAGAAUUUUGUGUCCGACUACGGAACCUGGUACACAGUGGAGCAACCAAAGGAGAAAUCUCAGCCACACAGGAUGUCAUGAUGGAGGAGAUAUUCCGAGUGGUGUGCAUCUGUGUGGGUAAUCCACCAGAGACAUUCACCUGGGAGUAUCGAGACAAAGAUAAAAAUUAUCAUAGGAUUGGUCCCAUAACCCCUUUGGAAUUUUAUAGGGAACAUGUCAAGCCACUCUUCAAUAUGGAAGAUAAGAUUUGUUUAGUGAAUGACCCUCGGCCCCAGCACAAGUACAACAGACUUUACACAGUGGACUACUUAGGCAAUAUGGUUGGAGGGAGAAAAACUCUAUAUAACAACCAGCCCAUUGACUUCUUGAAAAAAAUGGUUGCAGCUUCCAUCAAAGAUGGAGAGGCUGUGUGGUUUGGCUGUGAUAUUGGAAAAUACUUCAAUGGCAAGCUGGGCCUCAGUGACAUGAAUGUCUAUGACUAUGAAUUAGUAUUUGGUGUCUCCUUGAAGAACAUGAGCAAAGCUGAGAGGUUGACUUUUGGUGAGUCAUUGAUGACCCACGCCAUGACCUUCACUGCUGUCUCAGAGAAGGAUGAUAAGGAUGGAGCAUUCACGAAAUGGAGAGUAGAGAAUUCAUGGGGUGAAGACCAUGGCCACAAAGGUUACCUGUGCAUGACAGAUGAGUGGUUCUCUGAAUAUGUCUACGAGGUGGUGGUGGACAGGAAGCACGUUCCUGAAGAGGUGCUAGCGGUAUUUGAGCAGAAACCCGUUGUCCUGCCAGCCUGGGACCCCAUGGGGUCCUUGGCAGAGUGAUAUUUCUGCCGAUUCUUUCCUCCUCCCAUACGACCUGAAGUAACUGCAAAGGACAGAUCCAGGGACUAAGCCAAAGUUAUGCAGAUGACUGAGUGUUCUUACAGAACACAGUCGGACUCUUGGUUUUCCAGUCUCCUCCAGGAACUUCUUCGGGGAAGUGUGCUUUGUGCUAAAACAAAAUAUUCUUAAAGGAACAAAAAAAGAGAAAGAUCAGAUCAUACUUUCUACUCUCUUCAUUAUUCUACUCUCUUCAUCUCCAACCAGCUCAGGAUCUCUUAGCAUUUUAAUCAAAUGUAAUUGUUUGUCUUAACUCUGUCAAAAAGAUUUGGUUCAGUGUCUGUGUUUCAGUAAGCAGGAGAAGAUGAGCAACUGAGGUUUAUGGAGAGAAAAUGGACCUAAUGCUCCUUGUUCCUAGAGUGGAGUGGGUAGGGGAGGGGAUUGCCCUACGAUUGGAGCCCUCAAGACUGCAUGCUUCCUACAUGGCAGGCCCUGAACUGAAUUUUUCCAAGGUAAUUUUAGGUGCCUCUAAUAGCACAAGCAUGGGAGGUUGAUCAAGUCUGACAUGAUUCCUUCCCAUUCUCCUGAACCAUGGUGGGGCACAGCUCUACUUGAGUCAGGUUUAAUAGAGGCUUAGAGAAAGUUGAGUAAAAGAACAACCAAAAACAUUAUCAUGAUCUGAAUUAUAAACAUUAGAGGGAGCUCUAGCCAAAUGGUUUAACUUCUGCCUCUGGAGUGCAGGUUGGGUAGGCAGGAAAAGAUGAUAUCCAUUCUUUCUGACAACUAGAUGGUGCUGAGAAGCUUUUGAAUAAAACACUUUGCUAAAUGAGAA